AGGGCGAUAAGAAGCGGAGGGUGGCGCGGGGAUGAAGAUGGCGGACGCCAAGCAGAAGCGAAACGAGCAAUUGAAGCGCUGGCUGGGCUCGGAGACGGAUCGGGAGCCUCCCGUGCUGAAGAAGAAGAAGACGAAGGUGAAAUUCGACGACAGCGCCGUGUUCCUGGCCGCCUGCUCGAGCGGAGACACCGAGGAGGUGCUGCGGAUGCUGGAGCGGGGAGCCGACAUCGACUGCGCCAAUGUGGACGGACUGACCGCCUUGCACCAGGCAUGCAUAGAUGAUAACCUGGACAUGGUGAUCUUCCUGGUGGAGCACGGGGCCUGCGUCAACCAGCCUGACAAUGAGGGCUGGAUCCCCCUUCAUGCUGCUGCCUCUUGUGGCUACUUAGACAUUGCUGAGUACUUGAUCAGCCAAGGUGCCAACGUGGGGGUGGUUAACAGUGAGGGGGAGACACCUUUGGACAUCGCAGAGGAAGAGGCGAUGGAAGAACUCCUGCAGAACGAGAUCAAUCGCCAAGGGGUGGACAUUGAGACGGCACGGAAAGAGGAGGAGCGGAUCAUGCUGAGGGAUGCGCGCCAGUGGCUCAACAGUGGCCACAUUGCCGACACGCGGCACGCCAAGUCCGGGGGCACUGCGCUGCACGUGGCUGCUGCCAAGGGCUACACUGAGGUUUUGAAGCUUUUAAUCCAGGCAGGAUAUGAUGUCAAUGUCAAAGAUUACGACGGCUGGACGCCACUCCAUGCUGCUGCACACUGGGGGAAGGAGGAGGCCUGUCGCAUGCUGGUCGAGAGUCUGUGCGACAUGGACGCGGUUAAUAAAGUGGGCCAGACAGCCUUUGAUGUAGCAGACGAAGAUGUCCUUGGGUAUCUAGAAGAAUUGCAAAAGAAGCAGACUCUGCUCCUUAGUGAAAAGCGGGAGAAGAAGUCACCUUUGAUCGAGACCACAACUAAAGUGGACAACAAUCAGCCACUGAAGCCACUCAACAAAGAGACAUUGUUGCUGGAGCCGGAGAAAACCGUGCCCCGAAUUGAGUCCCUGGAGCCAGAAAAGGCAGACGAUGGUGAACAGGAGGGAAAGAAGGAUGAGUCUAGCUGCUCGAGCGAGGAGGAAGAGGAGGAAGACUCAGAAUCUGAAGCAGAAGCAGACAAAAGUAAACCCCCCACUACUGUGCACAACACAAACAGCAAUGCCCCAGUUGCACCCCCAAGUGUGACAGUGUCGUCCCCAACAAGCCCCACCAACCAGGUGGUGCCCACCUCGCCAGUCAAAAAGUCUGAAUUUAUGACUGCUUUCACGCCUGGGUCGGAGCCAAGUGAUCCCACAUUAUGGCGUCGGGGCUUGCGCAAAACUGGCAUUUCUCUAGUGCCCAAAAAGAUGACGUUCCCUUCAACUACUGGUAAGGUUUCCCCCAAGGAAGAGGAGCGAAAGGACGAGUCGCCUGCCUCCUGGCGGCUGGGCCUGCGGAAGACGGGCAGCUACGGCGCACUGGCGGAGAUCACAGGUAGCAAGGAAGCGCAGAAGAAGGACACGGUGGGCGUGAUGCGCUCUGCCUCCAGUCCACGUCUCUCUUCUUCCCUGGACAACAAGGACAAGGAGAAGGAAAAGGACAAAGGAACACGCCUUGCCUAUGUCACACCCACCAUCCCCUCACGCAGAAUCAACAGUAUGACUGACAUUGAUGAAAAGGAGAACAGGGACACCGCGGGCAGCUUGGCGCGCAGUGGCUCGUACACCAGGAGACGCUGGGAGGAGGAAACCAAGAAUAACGAAGGGAGCUCCUUGCAGAACCGAAUGCCCAGCUACCAGCGCAGCUUGUCCCAUUCACUAGCUGUGGGGCGGACUAGCAGCACGCGUGACCUUCCUGCAAAGUCUUCAUCCACCACCAGUCUGGACCCUAACAGCUGUAACACUAAGCCCUGGCAAUGGCCUUCGGCCCAGUAUUCCUCAUACAGUGUUCACAGAAGUAGUUCCUUUGGCAGGAGGCAGGACGAUGCACUCAACUCCAGCAUCACGUCUUCUCCCACUUCCACAACAACCACCUUUACCACCCCCUCCUCUUCCUCAACUCUUACGUCCCCUACCGGACACCGCAGUCUGCUUUCCGGCUCCAGCUUCCGAACCAGCUCCUCCAGCAGGUAUUGGCCAGAGGAGAACACAGACAAGGAGAAGGAGCGAGAGAAGGAGUCUGCAGCAGUCAUCCCCACUAUUGUAAAUACAGCGUCCACCACCACCGGCACAUUCAGCUCCUCAGAUGGCAGGGAGAGACGCAGGUCGUAUCUCACCCCUGUCCGGGAUGAAGAGUCCGAGUCCCAGAGGAAGGCCCGGUCCCGACAGGCACGCCAGACAAGGAGGUCCACUCAGGGCGUUACGCUGACUGACCUGCAAGAGGCUGAGAAGACCAUCGGCCGGAGCCGUAGCUCUCGAGCCCGAGAGGAGGAGAAGGAGGAGAAGCAAGACAAGGAGAAGAAGGAGACGGAGAGCAAGGAAAACGACUAUCGGUCAAAGUACCGCAGCUUCGAAGAAACGUACUCGCGCUACAAGCCAUGCAGCACCACUUCUGCCACCACUACAUCCCUGUCCUCAAGCACCUCCAUGCUGUCCACAUCCUCCGCAAGCCAGCCUAGCUCCCUGACAGGCAUCGCCUCCGCCUAUAGCCGCUCUUCCCAGGAGGGUGAGAAAGAGAGUGACCAAAAGGAUGAGGGUGAGAAGGAGGGCGAGGACAAGUCCCAGACCCGGACCAUUCGGGAGCGGCGGCGGCCUAGAGAGAAGAGGCGUUCCACAGGUGUCCCAGUCUGGAACCGAGAUAGUGACGAGAACGAUCCGGAACAGCAGUCCGAUUCAGAGGACAGCAGCACUCGCAGUGAGCCCCAGAGUGACCGACUUCCAAGGAAUGACUUGGGCCUGACCAGCACAACCUCCACCGAGCGUUAUGAUUACCUUGGACGCAGCAGCCGUGAGAGCAGGAGUUUGUACUCAAGUAGACUGGAUAAGGACGACACCACAGACUACAAAAAGCUUUACGAACAGAUCCUGGCAGAAAACGAGAAGCUGAAGGCACAAUUGCGCGACAUGGAGCUGGAGCUCACUGACUUGAAGCUGCAAUUGGAGAAAGCAACACAGAGACAGGAGCGCUUCGCUGAACGCUCACAGCUGGAGAUGGAGAAAAGGGAAAAAAGAGCACUGGAAAGGAAGAUUGCCGACAUGGAGGAAGAGCUAAAGAUGCUUCCAGACCUGAAAGCGGACAACCAGAGGCUAAAAGAUGAGAAUGGAGCUCUGAUCAGAGUCAUCAGCAAACUCUCUAAGUAGAUCCCAGGUCCUCCUUUCCAUGCAGAGGCGCCAUUGCACACGUAAAGUAUUGCCUGCGAGGAAGGUCUCCGCGUCUGCAGCCCCCUCCACCUCUCUGCUGCUGGCUGGGCUCUGUUACUGCACCCCAAAGCUGCUCUUCAUCCAGCGACCACAUCGGCAAGCCUCAAUCGAAACAUCACGGAUGAUGGAACAAGCAGCAACAAUGUUGCUUGCUGGGAAACCUGAGAAAUAUUUAACCAAUAAGCCUUAGUUGUACAUAAAACACUUGUGUUGAGCUCUGUCAUCACAGAGCAGUUACUCAGCACCCGGUGUUGUUUGCGCACCUGUCUUUCCUCCUCUUGUCACGUUUGCCUCUAUACCUGCUCAGUAGCGUGUGCUGUAUCCUAACAACGUUUUGCUCUUUAUCCCUUGGAGGCUCUGUCACUCAACAGAUGUCAUCCAUGCUUCCCAUCAGCACCUGUUUUUAGGUGCAGACACACCAACAGGCCCAGGUUUUACACCCACGUGUUCACCUGUAGUGCUCAGAACAGGUGGAUUUGCCUGGAAUUCAAGCUUUUACUGUAUGUGCAAUACAAUUUAUUUUUUUUUCUGCCCCCUACCCCUCCCUUAUUAAAAAAAAAAAAAAAAAAAAAUGCUUUAACAAGUCCACUUUGUUCUUGGCCUGCAUCACUGACCCCCUUUUCUUAUUUUAUUUUUAAUUUUAAAGUACGUAGAGUAGUUUUUGGUUAAUAUCUUGUGUGUUCACUUCAUUUUAGCAGGUACUGGGUGAUGCUGUACAUACGAUAGGGAUUGCUGGCAAACACGUGGCAUGCGUCCAGGUUCCCUAUGACAAACCCGUCUGUUACUGUUAAACUAUACAUAAUAGAGAAGGACAAAGUGUUUUCAGCUCUUGUUCCUUUCUAGUCUAAAGACAUUGAAUUACAGUAGCUCCUCAUGGGAUGGCUAGCAAUAUUCAGUGCGGUUUUUUUCAUGUGCGUGUUCACGGUUAUUGUGAAAUAAUUGCUUCACUACAUUUCACACAUUGUAUAAAGUAUCUUUGGAAGAGUGGCUUUUUUUUUUCUUUUUUUUUUUUCUUUUUUUAAAGCUGUAGUAUUAGCCAAAUUGUCACUAAAUACUAGGAGUCUCUAACAGAGUCCUUAUACAAUGUCUACAUGCACUGUCGAUGCCAUGUGAGGAGUUGUUCGGACGAAACCACUAUGUCAGACCACGCAUUGGAACGUAAAGAACAUAAAGGGUAUUUUAUGCAUUUCAGUGGCCUUUUUGGAACUUUCUGUUAUGAGCAAAAAUGUCGCUGUAGUUUUGAUUGUCUGCAGGUUCUUUUGGUUUGUUUUUUAAACCUCUUGUAAUGUUAAAAAAAAAAAAAAGUGACUUGGUAUUGGUGCACUGUACUGUGACUGCCGCCCACUGAAGAGUUCAUUAAAAAGACAAUUGUACAUUGUA